CUUGACUGCCACCACCACCACCAUGAUCAAGACCGCCAUCAUCGCUGCCGUCGCUGCCACCGCCGUCCUCGCCGAGGAGGGCCGCGUCGACUACUUCGCGCCCGGCCCCGUCGCCCACAACGACGCUAUUGAAAUCGUCGGUGGUGUCGAGGCCGAGGUCGGCAAGCACCUGUACGUCACGGGUCUCCGCCGCACGCCGGAAGGCAAGGCCAGCUGCGGUGCGUCGCUCAUCGCGCCGACCGUCCUCCUCACGGCCGCGCACUGCGCUGUCGGCAACUGGGCCGCCAACGCCUCGAUCGGCUCGCACUUCCUCUCGGGCGCCAAGGACGGUGAGCGCAUCGCGAUCACCAAGAUCAUCCCGCACCCCAAGUACGACGCGAAGCAGAUGACCAACGAUUUCGCCAUCAUGCUCCUCGCGUCGCCCUCCAAGGUGACGCCCGUCGAGGUUUACUUUGGCGACAACGACGCCGUCAACGCGCCGGGCAUCAACUCGACGGCCCGCGGCUGGGGCACGGUCAAGAGCGGCGGCCAGCAGUCGGAUGUCCUCAAGGAGGUCGUCCUUAAGAUCUGGGGCAACAAGGAGUGCAACACGGCGAUCCAGAGCGGCGGCUCGGGCUACCCGCAGAUCACGGCCACCAACAUCUGCGCCGGUGGCGUCAAGGGCGAGGACACGUGCCAGGGUGACUCGGGUGGCCCGCUCACGGUCCAGAAGAACGGCGUCGACGUGCUCGUCGGCAUCACGAGCUGGGGCAUUGGCUGCGCCAACGCCGGCCUCCCGGGUAUCUACGCCCGCGUCUCGGAAGCCAAGGACUUUAUCCAGCCGUACCUUGCCGACAAGCCCGCUUGCUAAGCGAGGAUCCUUCCUACGCCCCGCGCCCUCUGUGCUGUCUAGUCUCGUCUGUUGCCAUUUCUCUCUGCAGCGCGGCGCGUCCACUUAAAUACGAUAACAUCUCGGUC